UGGCUCCUGAUGCUCCUGGCUCUCACGCCGCGCGUGGACUCGUCGUGGUGGUAUAUUGGAGCCCUAGGGGCAAGAGUGAUUUGUGACAACAUCCCUGGACUGGUGAACAAGCAGCGCCAUCUGUGUCAGAGUUAUCCAGACAUUAUGCAGUCUAUUGGAGAGGGAGCAAAGGAGUGGAUCCGGGAAUGCCAGCACCAGUUCCGUCACCACCGCUGGAACUGCAGCACUUUGGACAGAGACCACACCGUUUUUGGCAGAGUCAUGCUCCGAAGUAGCAGAGAGGCAGCCUUUGUCUACGCCAUCUCUUCAGCUGGCGUUGUGUAUGCCAUCACUCGAGCCUGCAGCCAAGGCGAGCUCAAGUCCUGCAGCUGUGACCCCCACAAGAGAGGCCGUUCCAAGGAUGAAAGAGGGGAAUUUGACUGGGGAGGUUGCAGUGACAAUAUCAACUACGGGAUAAAAUUUGCAAAGGAGUUUGUGGAUGCCAAAGAGAAAACCGUGAAGGAUGCCCGGGCCCUGAUGAAUCUCCAUAACAACCGUUGUGGCAGAACAGCAGUGAAGCGUUUCCUGAAACUGGAAUGUAAAUGUCAUGGUGUCAGUGGUUCCUGCACCUUAAGGACGUGCUGGCUGGCAAUGUCGGAUUUCCGCAAAACAGGAGAUUACCUAAGGAAAAAAUACAAUGGUGCCAUCCAAGUAACCAUGAACCAGGAUGGGACUGGGUUUACUGUGGCCAAUAAGAAUUUCCGGAAGCCCACUAAAACGGACCUUGUAUAUUUUGAGAACUCACCUGAUUACUGUCUGAUGGAUAAGUCUGCAGGUUCAUUAGGGACAGCCGGACGAGUUUGUAACAAAGUAUCACGUGGUACUGACGGAUGUGAGGUUAUGUGUUGUGGCCGAGGUUAUGACACCACCCGAGUAAAGCGUGUCACUAAAUGCGAGUGUAAAUUUCACUGGUGUUGUGCAGUUCGUUGCAAGGAAUGUGAGGAUGCUGUGGAUAUUCACACGUGCAAAGCACCAAAGCGGGCAGAAUGGGUGGAUCAAACCUGAGCGACAGCUGGACAGAGCCAAGGAGGGAAAGUAAAACUGGCACAGUGCCAUCCACAGGCCUGGGCAUUCUGGGAAUUGUGGUUCAACUUGCAUGGCUUUUAUUUAUAUUAAUUCUGCAAAGCACUGAGAAGACUACGUAUCCCAUGGGGGACAGUGAACUCUUCUGCUCACCCAGCAGAACCCACCCCCUACUUUAGGGGGAAGAAACAAAAGAAUUUGCCAAACAACACCAAACUGUGAAGCUUGCCUUGCCCGGUGAUACUGUGCAAAAGAAAAAUUGAGGAGAAUACAGGAGCACAAGAGACUGAGAACUUGGUUGUGAUGUAGCUGGAGAGAAUCCUGCCUCUUUCUAAAGAAUUUGUUUUGGCAGCACAUGAUUAAAAAGUAUCCAAAGGUAAGAGUGACUUGGUGGGGGGGACCCCUCUGUCCGACCUGGAAGAAAAUGCUGUUUCCUAAAUAAAAAUGGCUGUAUAAUGCUCAGAACAUUCAAUGCUUCAUUAAGAACUUUUCUCAGAGGUCGCUAUGCCUGCACUAUGAACAUCAGCUAAAUGAUAAUAACUUUGUGUGAAGGGACUUUUAUCAUUUUCCUUUUCUAACGGAAAAGAAACUGGAGUUCUAAAAUUGUCUGUGAAAAUAAAAUAAAUCUCUGUCUACAGGGAAGGGGGUGCAGGAAAGGAUGGUGGACAGCUCUGUGUGUGUGUGUGUGUGUGUGUGUGUGUAUGCGUGUGUGUGUGCAGACAUGCUGGUAGGUUCUAAAGGAAACUAAUAUAAUAUGGUGACUUUUUUGUACAAAUGCAUUUGUACAUUUGUAUACACUGCUUUAAAUACUUUAAAUCAAAAA